AUGUCUUUUUUUAAAAAAUUUAGCAAAAAGAAAGAAGAUCCUCCUUUAAAUCCAUUUCUAAAGGCUCAAGGGAAGAGUAAUGGUACAGGAGAUGCUUUCAUGGUCGAUGAUUAUAAUCGAUUCGGAUUCUGCGGAACUCCAGCCAAAUGGUGCAUCGACCAUCAACAAGGAUUAUUAGCUGUAGUCUCUACAAGCAAGAGAAUAUACAUUUAUGGAAAGCUACAUACUCAGCUUGUUAUUAUUCCUGACUGCAGCGAUAUUCUGCACCUUCUCAUGUGUGCAGGUCACUUAAUUAUCAUUGACAGUCAGAAUACAAUAUUUAGCUAUAAUUUGUUAAGAUCCAAAAACUUUCAUACACCUUCCUCGACUUUUUACUUGAGGUUAAGAGUCAUCUGUACAUCUACGGAUCCUUCAAUCGAAUGGGUUUAUUUGGGGAUGAGCGAUGGUACAAUUGUCCCAUGGGACGUUACAAGACAUCGACCUGGUGUUUACAAAAUUCCAAAUUUAUAUUCUGAUAGAAUGAACGAAUGGAAGCUUAUGGGAUAUCCUUACGCGCCUACAUCGAGCAGACUGUCACCUGUUAUAGGUAUUCAGAUUCAUCCAAAAGACCUUGGUCUUUUGUUGAUUGCUUAUCCUGAAGGUGUUGUAUUGUUUUCUAUUCGUAGCGAAACAGUUUUGAAAUUUUAUGAACUCGAAUAUGCGGCUGGAAGUACUGCAGCAACAAUGUCUACAAAACAUAGCUUCCGACGCCCUAUGGUAAAAGGAGUUCAUUGGAGCCCUUGCGGAGAAUAUUUCCUAUCGUUCUAUGAAGAUUCUUCUAUAGCUUUUUGGGAUACUGAAAAAGAAAUUCCCGUUCAAGUCAGAAACUUUGUUGACUCUUACAUUCAUACUUAUACUGCGAUGCAAAAGCCUGCUCCGAGGACAGAUUUGGAAGCAAUCCAAUCUAUAAUUUGGUGCUGUCGAGAGGAUCCUAAUUCAACAUUUUUGCUAAUGUUGGGAGGAUUACCUAAAGAAUCUCCUGUAAAAGGAAUUUCAAUGUUUAGUUUUCCUCAAACUCCUGGAAAGCAAAAUGUUACUACUUUAGCAGAACAUUUUGCUAAUCCAAGCUCUCAAAGGUUCUUUCCUUUUAUUGACAUCCCAUCUGCUAUUGACAUGGCGGUAAUAUCAACAAUGUCGCCUUAUUACAAUGGUGCUCAUAAUCCGAGAUAUCUCUUGAUGUUCUCUCGUAGUGGAACUCUUUCACUUAUUGAUUUGGUUACUUGCGAGCCUGUGAACUUAAACAUGUCUCUUCCUCCCUCUCUGUGUUUCCUAGCUCCCGAUUUUCGAAUUGUUGACUUUCAAGCUGUGAGGAAGAACAUCUGGGAUAAAAUGGAAGACUCUAUUUCUUUACAUCCACAUUAUUCAUCAUUUUCUGGAGGAUCACCCCAUCCUGGUUAUUUAAAAAAAUUAGACGUACGAAACGUACUAGUAACUUCUUCUGGCCUUAGCCUUUCAUUAUGGGAUAUUUCCAGAGGAUUUAUGAACCCGAAAAAUUGUAUAACUAUUGAUUUUUCUGAAGUUAUGCGUAAGCAUCUUACGCCAACUGCAAAAAUUAUUAGUGUAUCACUUUCCUCUACUAACUGUGAAUUCUCUUGCGCAGAUAGUUUUGGUCGUGUAAUUGUCUGUCGUAUUAAAGAUUCACUAAAACCGCUACCGUACCAACUAGCUACUGGUAUUUUCCGCUUGGAUGAUAGUUUCGCCAUAGAUGGUAUUAUUUAUGGUCAAUUUUGUAUUGAUCUAAAACAAGGACCCAUCACAACUAAUUGUAUGAGCGAUAUCGGUUUUGUAGGCAUCGGAUACGCAAAUGGCUCAUUAGCUGUCAUUGAUCUUAGAGGUCCUCAUAUAUUGUGCAAUACCUCUCUCUCUGAACUCGGUAUUGAAAGAAAAUUUAAGUCCUCUUCGUCCGCGGAAUAUAUUAGCUCUGCUGAGUUUGUUAUUAUGAACUUGAACAACGAUGGGCCAGCUUCGAUUCAUCUGAUAGCUGUGACCAACACGGGAAUAGCUUUAUCUUUCCAAAUUGGAAUGACAGCUUCAGGAUACUACUCAGUAACAUUCUUGUCUUAUGAAAAAUUGGGUAUUUAUAACGUUCACGACAUAAUACCUUUAACAGAAUCCGGACAACACGCGGUCGCUACAGGAGCUGCGCUACAGAUGGUAGGGGUCCAAUCUGAGAAGAUUUAUUUAUUGUAUAUUGGCGAAACAGGAGUGCGCCUCUAUUCCCGAUUUAGUAAAUGUUUAAGCACGACGGAUUGGAGUAAACACGCUUGUUAUAAGGCUAGUGUUAUUUUUUCAUCUGUUUCCAAACAAAUGGGAUCGGUGGCUUGUAUAAUGUCAAAUUUAAAUGUUUACUGGUUUACUUUACCUAAUUUAUCCGAAGAACGACGUGCGAGGUUGCCGGAUGAUAUAGACGAAAGAAUGUUGAGAUUCGGUAAUAUUUCAGAAGACGGCGAUAUUGUGUUUCCAACAAUUGGUGGUACAGAAUUAGCAUUUGGAUGCGUGCUAGGAAUGGGAAGGAAGAUGUUUGCUUCUAUAUCUUGCAACCUCAUUACCAAAGACCCUUUGACACUUCCACCAAGACCAACACAAUCUACUUGGAAAUGGCUAAUGGGCGGACAAACAACAUAUUCGGAUGAAUUGAAUUUACUACUUGGAGGUGAACACAGGCCAGUUACUAAGCCAAUUGUAGGGUCUCAGGCUUCAGGAGCAACACAGCAGACUUCACAACACAAUUCAAGCGCACGGACUGCAACCCCUAGCGGCAGCAUGAAAGAAUAUGAAAAUCGGCGAAUACCUCAACAAAAAAGUUAUUUCAAUCAAAUGAGUGAACAAUUAACCGAAAGAGGAAGAAUGCUUGGAAAUGUUGAAAGUACGAUGGAUGAUCUAGAAGAGAUGAGUGCAGACUGGUUGAGCGAGAUAAAAAAGUCAGUAGCUUCUACUAAGAAGGACCUGCUGAUUUCAGGACUUAAGAGUUACUUGCCUUGA